AUGUCCCCCUCAGCCCCAAUCCUCUCCCCGGACACAGAGUCCUUCUCUACUCCCCCCUCAUCACCAGGCCCAGUGCCAGAAAUUCGCCCAAGUCUUCAUCGUCGCGGUAGCAGACCUACAUCUCUUCAGCUCGAGUCUCAAUCAGAGUGGGCGCCAGACGUUAUUCUAGAAGAAUCAUCACCCGUUCAUCAUCGAAAACCCAACGGGGACCCAAAGGUGCAGGCGCCUCAGUUGUCGAAAGGCAGCACCAUCGUCCCUGGCGCAACCGGUGCCCUGCAAUCCGAAGACAACCAUCACAACCGACCCCAUCGACUAAUAGAUUCACCGUGUUUCGUCCAUUCACAACUAGACAAGGGCGCUUUCACGGAGUGGUUGCUACGUGACAAACAGAACGGAAUUCCAGAACCUUUGGAGAGGGCUAACAAGAGCUUGCACAAUAGAUAUUCAUCACAGUCCUCUCCUUCCUCUCUCUCGGGCAGCUACGAUGACGACAGUGAUUUUGGGAGUAAUCCGACUAGACGACUGGCCGAGACAGCGGUUGGCGUUAGAGAAAUGAGCAAACAACUCGGUCGAGCUCGAAUACAUUCCAACAUUCAGAACAUUCUCAUCAUCACUAAAGCUCGAGAUAACAGACUGAUUAAGCUCACAAGACAACUCGCGCUGUAUUUAAUGCUGAAGUCACGUCCUGGACAGCAACGAGGGCUUGUAGUCUAUGUGGAUCACCAACUUCGUACUUCGCGACGGUUUGACGCCGCAGGAAUAGAACGUGAUCAUCCCGAACUCUUCGUUCCGUUUCCUCGGCGGCGUUCGUCAAGCAGUUCACUGUCCUCAAUGACUUCCGGAGCACAAAAAGAAGAUUUUAACCUUGCAGAGGAGGGCCAGUUACGAUAUUGGACAAGUCAUAUGUGUAGUCAAAGUCCACAUUUAUUUGAUUUCGUGGUCACACUUGGAGGCGAUGGGACGGUUCUUUUCACUUCAUGGCUCUUCCAACGUGUAGUACCCCCAGUGGUACCUUUUGCCCUAGGAUCACUUGGCUUCCUAACCAAUUUCGACUUUGCCGAUCAUGAGGCGGUCAUGGACUCUGCCUUGGAUUCUGGCAUUCGAGUGAAUCUGCGCAUGAGAUUUACUUGUACAGUGUAUCGCGCUGUCAAUUCGCCUGAGAGUAAGAGGAAAGCUGUCAAGAAAGGGGAGACCGGUGAAAUCAUGAUGAAGAAUAUCGAGAAGGAUGGUUGGGAAGCCUUGGAAGGGGGCUGGUCUGGCGGCCCUUAUGCGCCAGAAUCCGGAAAGGUUUACAAAGACAAGGAGAUCAUGUGCUUCACGACGCGUGCCGCAGAAUCAUUCGAGGUGUUAAAUGACCUUGUGGUUGACAGAGGACCUAGUCCAUAUGUCAGCUUGCUCGAGUUAUUCGGCGACGAACAUCAUAUGACAACCGUUCAAGCUGAUGGAUUGACUGUGUCAACGCCAACGGGUUCCACUGCGUACUCUUUGUCCGCGGGCGGUUCCCUAGUGCAUCCCGAAAUUCCAGCCCUUCUAAUCACGCCAAUUUGUCCACAUACCCUGUCUUUCCGUCCUAUGCUACUCCCUGAUAGCAUGGAACUUCGAAUAUGCGUACCGUUCAAUUCAAGAAGUACCGCCUGGGCAUCGUUUGAUGGUCGUGGUAGGGUCGAGCUGAAGCAGGGUGAUCAUAUCAAGGUUACAGCAUCCAAGUACCCGUUCCCGACUGUUUGCGCGGACAAGCAAUCCACCGAUUGGUUCCACGCAAUAUCGCGUACACUGAAAUGGAAUGAAAGAGAACGACAAAAAUCCUUUGUUGUCGUCGAAGAGGGCCCUGAGACCAAGACCAAGAAACGAAAGAAACGUUCCUUGUCGCGCCAAUCCAAGACUCCAGUGGGUACUGAUACGAUAGAAGAUGAGGAGGACGAGGUUUCUGAGGAAGAAGACGAUAAAUUUGAUAUCGAUGACUCUUCUGCAGAAGCUACGUCAACAACAGUUACUGUCACGAAUGCGGCAAGUGUUCGCGACGAGGCGCUCGGACGUGAAAAGGCGGCGGAAGUCAUUACCGAAGAGAGAAUUCAUAGGGGUCUAUCGCGUCCAAGGCGUUCUGCCAAGUCGCGUUCCCGUUCGCGAUCUGGUGUACGGUCGGGUAUCGACUCCCCAAGCCGCUUCGCUGGCCCACAACCUCACUUAUCUGUAUUGUCUCCGCGUCAUCACGUUGAGUUCGAUAAUUCUUCGGGAGAUUCUUCGGAUUCUGGCGGACAGCACGGAACCCGGGAUGAUAUUCAUACAAUGAAGAAACCGAGUAACAAAAACAGGAUUCCAAGGGAUAGGGACGACCUUAAAACCCCCACAGUGAUGCGUGGGAAGGAUCAUGGUCACUCGAGAACUCGUCCUGGUGAUUAUAAUGGCCACCGUGCGUUCGCGGUGUGGGGACACGAUGAGAGUGAUAGUAAUGCCAGCGAUAGUGACGCGUAA